AUGGAAGUUGCAGGCAACGGAUUCUCUCGUAAUUUCAACAUGUUGCCGUCUACCGAACAAUCUCCAAAAUAUUCUAUGCCGAUACAAAUAAUUGUUCUAGUUUUUUCAGUUUUAUUGUGCAUAUUCAGCUGUCUAUUGACUGUUACGUUGUCCUACAAAUUCCACAUGGACACUAAUCAACCAAUCAAUCAACUUGUAGGGACAGUUAAGGAUGCAAUUCGUGAUUUUAAUACCUUCACUGACAGAGUUAGAGAUGAACUUGUAGCCAAACACGUAAGCAAUACAUACAAAUAUCAACAUAAAUCUAAAAUGUAUGGUAACGACUAUGAAGAAGUGGCAGAAGGUUUUGAUGAAGGAGAUCGAUUUUUGGGCAGAGACUUAUUGGACAAUAAUUUGCCAGCAAAUCAAUAUCAGGCAAAUGAAUCAAAUAAACCAAAAAACCGAGAACGACGUAACGCUGGGAUUAAUGCAACAACAAUAGGAAAAAAUGAAUUAAAUAGGUCAACAAAUGGAAAGGCAGAUGUAGAAAUGAUUCAAGAAGGAAAUACAGUGAAGACCUAUAGACAACCAAAGUCUAAAAAAAUGACAACUCUAAUAAAAAAACGGAUUAAUGAAUCAGACAGUGAAGAAUCGUACGAAGAUUAUGCUGCAGCACAUUUUGUAAGCGAUUCUUCAAAAUAUAGUACCAAAAUACAUCCACAUUACAAUGGAAAUGGACGUCUGAAACACCCAGAUGGUGAUUUUAGAGACUGGACCCAACAUCGUUGGGAUAUAAAUCUAGACAACUCAAAUCAUUUCGUAAUGAAAAAUGGCAAAGUUGAAGUAUUAAAUCCUGGACUUUAUUUUGUUUAUGCUCAAAUAUACUAUUCAGAUAAACAUGACAUCAAUGGAUACUAUGUUAUGAAAAAUGAUGAAAAAAUACUUGGUUGUACUUCAACUCGACAUCAAGAUAAUCAAGCAUCAGAUUCGUGUUACACUGGAGGUCUAAUAUAUUUCAAUUCGAAAGAUAACUUAUCCAUAAGAGGUUUAGAUAGUGACAGAUUUAUAAUUUUGAAUCCUGAAAAGAGUUUUUUUGGACUCUUUAGAAUAUUAAAAGGUGGUAAGAAAUAG